ACGUAGGUGGGGGAGGAAGAUAGGGAUCGACUAUGGAAAGAGCUGAAGAUGCAAUCUUAUAACGGUACCGGCUGAUAGAUAGCUGAACUUUUUGUUCACAUCAAAAAAAGUGGAGGACCCGACGAAACAGACAAAAACACAGCCAUGCAGUUCAAAUACAGAAGGCACUGAUUUAUUUUUAUAGGAUAUUUUUCAGUGCUCCUUCAAGGGCUGGGUCCGUUGUCGCUGUUGUUAGCGGAACCGGCUGGCCAAGAUGUCUGUGGAGGAACAGGAAUAUCCCGAGGCGACUCUGGUGGCAGAGGCCGGGCCGCAGUGGUUUCGGGCGGAAUUAGAGCGCCUAUCCCGGGAGCUGAGCGAGACGACUCAUGAGAAGAUCCAGGCGGCGGAAUACGGGCUGGCGGUGCUCGAAGAGAAACAGCAGCUCAAACAGCGUUAUGACGAGUUGGAGACCGAGUUCGAGACUGUUCGGCAGGAACUCGACCAACUGAAGGAGGCAUUCGGCCAGGCCUACUCAACCCAUAGGAAGGUGGCUGCAGAUGGGGAGAGCAGGGAGGAGUCACUAAUGCUGGAGUCGGCCAGUAAGGAGGCCCACUACCAGCAGAUGGUCCUGGAGCUGCAGAACGAGCUGCGGUUGGCCAGGACUGCCCUCACCAGCAACCAAUCAGAGAACGAGCGCCUGGCCUCCGUUGCCCUGGAGAUGAGAGAGAGUUCUGAGCUGGUGGAGCUGCAGCGCAGCCAACUGCGUGAUGACAUCAGAGAGUAUAAGGUGCGAGAGGCACGCCUGCUGCAGGACUAUAGUGAGCUGGAGGACGAGAACAUCUCCCUGCAGAAACAGGUGUCCCUGCUCCGACAGAGCCAGGUGGAGUUUGAGGGUCUGAAGCAUGAGAUCUGUCGCCUGGAGGAGGACUCCCAGUGCCUCCACAGCCAGUUGGAGGAGGCCAUGCGCCUACGGGAGAUCGCCGAGCGCCAGCUGACCGAGGCUCUGGAGACCAUUAAGACUGAGCGCGAGCAGAAGGCCGCCCUGCGUAAAGAACUGUCCCACUACAUGACCAUUGGGGACAACCUGUUACCGUACCACCACAGCCCCCUGAACAUCUCCCUGGACGGCCUCAAGUUCAGCGAGGAUCCCACUGCUGCCACCAACGAACCCAACAACGAUGGCUCGUUCCAUGGCUAUGAGAACGGCCUGGCUAAGAUGGCUUCCGACUGCAACGAGGAUAACAGAGCCAAGCUCCGGCCCGCCCCCAGCCUAGUGGAUGACCUGCUGAGUGAACUCAACAUCUCAGAGAUCCAGAAACUCAAGCAGCAGCUAAUGCAGGUUGAGCGGGAAAAGGUAGCGCUACUUUCCUCUCUGCAGGAGGCCCAGAAGCAGCUAGAGGUGGCCCACGGGACUCUGUCUGAGCAGCAGGAGAUAGUAGGACGUCUCACCGAGAACCUCAGCGCCAUGAGGAAACUCCAGGCCAGCAAGGAGCGCCAUUCGGCCCUGGACAGCGAGAAGGAGCGUGACAGCCGUGACGAUGGUGACGGGGAUUACUACGAGCUGGACAUCAACGGGCCUGAGAUCCUGCAGUGUAAGUACACCGUGGCUGUGUCCGAGGCCGGGGAGCUCAGACAGGAGCUUAAGACUCUUAAAGCAGAGUACCAGUCAUGCCGUAGCCAGUACGAGGAGGAGCGAGCCCGCCUGGAGAGCGACGUGGCAGGGCUGAGCGAGAAGCUAGCUUCCCUGGAGAAGAGCAGCCGGGUGGAGCGCGAGGAGAUGGAGCGCCUGGAGAAGGACCUGCGGCGGGUGAGCGAGGCGGCGGGCGAGUCGCAGGGCAGUCUGAACGUGGCGCAGGACGAACUGGUGGUGUUCAGUGAAGAGCUGGCCAACCUCUACAACCAUGUGUGCAUGUGCAACAACGAGACGCCCAACCGGGUCAUGCUCGACUACUACAAGGAGGGCAAGGCCAGCGUAGGUGGCGGGGGCGGCCGGGAGGGGAAAGGACGACGUCUGUCCCACGUUCUGCUCUCCAACGGGCUGGUCCCUGAAACUGACCCCAGUAAACCUGAAGCCAGUGACCCAGCCGCCGCAGCCCCAGUUUCAGCCCCAGAAUCCCGCCCAGAGCCUAUGAACAUCUAUAACCUGGUGGCCAUCAUCAGGGACCAGAUCCGUCACCUGCAGCAGGCGGUGGACCGCACCACAGAGCUGUCCCGCCAGAGGAUGGCCACCAUGGAGCUGGGCACCGUGGCUGAUAAGGACAGCGAGGCCUACAUGGGGGAGAUCCUUAAACUCAAGUCCCUCCUCAGCACCAAGAGGGAGCAGAUCGCCACCCUGAGGACCGUGCUCAAAGCCAACAAACAUACGGCUGAGGUGGCACUGGCCAACCUGAAGAGUAAAUACGACAACGAGAAGACCAUGGUGAGGGAUACCAUGUUAAAGCUCCGCAACGAGCUGAAGGCUCUGAAAGAAGACGCUGCCACCUUUUCCUCACUACGGGCCAUGUUCGCAACAAGGUGUGAUGAGUACGUAACUCAGCUGGAUGAGAUGCAGAGACAGCUGGUUGCGGCGGAGGACGAGAAGAAGACCCUGAACUCCCUGCUCCGCAUGGCCAUCCAGCAGAAGCUGGCCCUGACCCAGCGUCUGGAGGACCUGGAGUUUGAUCAUGAGCAGGCGCGCCGUGGCGCGGUUACAGGAGCAGCGACGGGCAGUCGAGGCAAGACCUCGUCGGCGCGGGGCAAAGGGGCCUCGGCCAAUCAUCACUAAUUUAAUCAAGCCCAGUGUCCUUCAAAGGUUGACAGUCACCUUGCCGAUGAUUACUUCAGUGUCCCCUCCUGGCCUGAGACAAAUGUCAGAGACACGUACUGCUGUAGUAUGAGGACUUUGUUUCUGUGCACACACACACACACACACACACACACACACACACACACACACACACACACACACACACACACACACACACACACACACACACACACACACACACACUCUUGACCUUUAUAGACGCGUGAAAUCCCCAGGGGUUUGGUAUCUUGGUGUGGCUGCAGGAAACAAUAAAGACUCAUGGGUAUGAUGACCAUAGAGAUAUCUAGGUCUAUUUCGGUGGGCAUGACCAUAGAGAUAUCUAGGUCUAUUUCUGUGGGCAUGACCAUAGAGAUAUCUAGGUCUAUUUCGGUGGGCAUGACCAUAGAGAUAUCUAGGUCUAUUUCGGUGGGUAUGACCAUAGAGAUAUCUAGGUCUAUUUCUGUGGGCAUGACCAUAGAGAUAUCUAGGUCUAUUUCUAUGGGUAUGACCAUAGAGAUAUCUAGGUCUAUUUCUAUGGGUAUGACCAUAGAGAUAUCUAGGUCUAUUUCUGUGGGCAUGACCAUAGAGAUAUCUAGGUCUAUUUCUGUGGGUAUGACCAUAGAGAUAUCUAGGUCUAUUUCUGUGGGCAUGACCAUAGAGAUAUCUAGGUCUAUUUCUGUGGGCAUGACCAUAGAGAUAUCUAGGUCUAUUUCUGUAGGCAUGACCAUAGAGAUAUCUAGGUCUAUUUCUGUGGGCAUGACCAUAGAGAUAUCUAGGUCUAUUUCUGUGGGUAUGACCAUAGAGACAUCUAGGUCUAUUUCUGUGGGUAUGACCAACAGUAUGACCCCCAUUGUGAUUCAGUCACUCAUCCCACAUUGUCCACCACUAUACUGGUAUUACUCUGUCUAUGUUUCCCCUGAUGACUGCACACUUUUCAUGUCUUUUUAUUUCUCUUUUUUUGCUUGUUGUAAUUCACACCUCAGUGAAUGUGUGAGGUGUUCAUAAGCUUUUUGUUACAUUUAAUAAUUGUUACAUGUUUGGUCAUUGGAGCAUUAAUUAGUCAUUUAAAUAUUUUAGCUUUUGUCAUUAUAUAACUGGCAGAUUGAUAACAACAUUUCCAUGGAGAGCAAACCAGCAAAGUCAUAGGAACUAACUUGCUCCAGUUUUCUUUGGGGUCAAUAUUCAAUGGGACUCACAAGCUAACAGACAUUCUCUGCAAGCACAUAGAUGAACAUCUUAAAUUGGAAUUAGUAUUUUCUCUCUUUUUUUCAAAUCUUGUCACAUGUUGAUAAUGUGCUUAAAAAAAGUUUACCAGACAGAGCAGGAUGUUUCAGCAGGACAUUCAACCAGUGUGUGCCCAGUGGGUACUUUCUGGCCUUAGUUUAGACCAGUAGUUUGUUGUCCACAAAAGAGAAGCUGGAUUUAAUUUUAGUUUGUUCUGUCCACAAAAGAGAAGCUACAUUUAGAUUUGAAUGUUUUCUGUCUUUGAGAAUUGUGGCGAGAGGUUAUGACCCCAGUCAAUAACAGAUUGAGGAAAAUAAUAGGAACUGGGGUGAAUUGUGUGAAGUGAUUCUGCGAUCCUGCAAGCAUGCAGAGUUGCACAUUUAUGGGCUAUUAUUAGGAUUAGGAUUAUUAUUAAUAGGUAAACCUUAAUUUAAAAGUAAUGAUACCACAGCUGUUAACGUUGGCUGCCUAGUUAAUAGUGGUUCAGAGCGUUUUUGAUGAUGGCUGAGGGAGAGAUUACUAAUGCAAAUACUUAUUUAUACUCUACCUUUGUAUGGCAAAGUUCAGGCGACUAUGGUGGAGACUUUUUGUAUUGUCUGUUUUAAUGCAAUUUUAUGAACCUUUUUACAUCCUCCAAAAGCAUUGUUGUGAUUUCAACAAACAGACUAAGUUAAGUCAUGAACACAUCUGCAGUGCCAUUUAAUUUAUUGUUGACGCAAUAAAAGUUACAUUUGGGAUUGUCUUUUUUUACAAGUGCAAUUUGAACGCAGUAUCGAUAUAGAAACACAGUAUAAACAUUCUCUGUCUGUCUGCUGAUGCUAUUGUUACAUUUUACUACUACUUCUUACUCACAAUCUUGAUCCUAAUUGAGUUGUAUGUCUUUGUACUAAAUAACUUCACUUGUUUGUAUUUAUUUUAAACAAUGUCAUGUAUGUUGGCAUUGUCGAUAAUGUGGAUUAUGGUUAUUGCCAUAUUGAUACCAUAUCGAUGCCUUUUUUCAUGUCAUCUUCAAGAGACUUUGUGUGGAGAUGGUAGGUGAGAUGUGUGCUCAGUAGAAGUCAAUAGCCUACCUGUAUGAUGAUGAUGUUGCACUGGCAAGGUGCAUGCUUCAUAGUUACCUUUAUUAUGCCUAAAGGUAUGCCAAAUAAACUUCACUUUAGUCUUAA